UCUAUUUUCUAUUGUGUGCAUCAUUUACACAUUAUAUUGUGGAAUCGUCUCGGUAACGAUUGUCUCCGUCACACUCGGGAAAUGUCGCAUUGGAAUUUAAUUAUUUUGGAUCUCAUUUCUUUGAUUACAUAAAAAGUAGAUUUGCAUACAGUAGGCCUUACUGUGUCCGGAUUGGUACGUUAUCUCGAGUGUUUGGCAUAAUGAUAAGCUCUUGAUUAUCUUUUGAUAAGUUUUGAAAUUGUUCUGGCUAUAUACGGUUCAAGAUGUCUAUGAGCCCAUGUGAAUUUGGACAUAUUUCUUGGCCUGAACUCAGUGAGAUAAGUGAGAAGGUUUUGUGUUCUGAACAGAAAGUUUUAGAAAGGUGUUUGAAUACGGGUAAAUAUUAUAACCGCACAACAUAUUUUCUGUCGAUGAAAAACCUGUAUGGUUAUAUUUUGUGGAAAUUGAAAUGUAGUGACGAGAGUAUUGCUGCCUUUGAAAGCACAUUAGAAUUUGACAAUGAGAAUAUAAACGCUAUUUCAAAUUUGAAAAUGAUCAAUCGGCAUCUGGGAUUUUGUGAUAUUGCCGAUGGUUAUCAGGCACGUCUGUGUGCGAUUAUUGGUGGAAAAGACAACGCGGUGGCACUUGCCAGGUCGUACUGUGAUAGAGCGCAUUCGAUUAGACAUUUUGAACAAGACAAACGAAACUUCUCGUACAUGCCAUUCAUAUCCGAAGCAGUCAAGUACUGUAGUUUAACAAAUUCGGGUGAACGAGCAGAAUGGCAGUUUGAUUACGGUUUGGCGCUAUAUAGAAAAGAUUUACAAAUGACAGUUGCUAAUAUGUCGCCGCAGAAUGAUAUCUGUAAACAAGCUAUGGAGGCAUUUUAUAGCGUCGCUCAUGUUGAAAACGGUCCGUUGAUGUGCCGAGCUUUAGCAUGGGUUUUCAUUGGUAUUUUACUGCGUCAUAAACCCUCACGCAAAUUAUCCCAAAUAUUACAAGACGCACAAGAGCUACAUGGAAUGACGUCGUUGGAUUGUAUUGAAAGAGGACUUGCAAUGGCACCAGAUGAUCCUGUCGUCCAACGUCGAGUUGCAUCAGAGUUCACACUUGUUGGACGUUUUGAUGAAGCUGAUAAUCUAUUCAUAAAGUCUCUCGCUUCAGAAAGUUCUUGGUUUGCAUACCGGCACCAAGGUCUCAUGUAUUUAAGGAAAUACGAGGAUGAUACGCAGAAGAAUCCAGAACUACUUCAUGAUGCUCAGCGUAGUUUUCAAGAGGCAUUGAAGCUCAAAGACUUACAUGCGGAUCAUUCGGAUCUUGGUCAUGUAUAUUAUCUUUUAAAAAACUACAAAAAGGCAGUGUAUCACUUUUCGCAUGCUAAAAAUAGUAAAUCGGACGAUCACUGUAACCCUGGCAAUACGCACUCACGCUGGGCGUGUUGCCUAGAAGCAAUGGGUCACCAAAGGGGUGCUGAAGAGCACUAUUGCCAGGCGAAGUUGGAACAUUUCAACACUGAGUUUCGAUAUGGGUCAAUAUGCCAUGGAAUAGACUGUGAUCUUUCUCGCUUCGACUAUUGCACAAAGGAACGACAUGGUUUCGUCAAUAUAUUAUCGGUUCUUUCUGAGAAUGAACCACCUGGAAACACACAAGAGACGUCUUGGUCUAAGCGUCAAGAGACAUACGAUUUCUUCGUAAGCUUUAGCCAUGUCGAUCGUCACUGGGCAAGAAGUCUUGUUUUCAGUCUUGAAAAGACCUACAACCUGAAUGGGUGUUUGCGAUACAGAAACUACCUUCCAGGCGAAAGUAUAUCAACAAAUAUUGUGAGCUCGAUUGAGAAAAGUAGUGCCGUUAUUAUUGUUCUGUCUCCUGAUUCUCUAGAAGAUCAUUGGUGUUCGUAUGAACUAGAGAUGGCAGUAAAUACGCCACGUAAAUAUAUUAUUCCGAUUAAACUAAGGAGUUGUCAAAUACCAAGCAAACUCAAGCACUUAUCGGUCGUAGAUUGUGACCGAGGCCAACUAUUAAAAUGUCACUGGAAAAACAUCGGUACUAUGCUAUCCAGAGACAGGGAUGCCACCAGUAAAUAAAUAAAUACGGUAAACAGAAACAUAAACUAUAUUUACAGAUUUUUACUUCAAGUGUUUACGUAUUUUGUGAUAUAUCCAAACAUUUCAGGCCGUAAAUGGUCAGACAAUUCCAAACUUAUCACUUUUAGUUCACAUAUAUAUCACUUUUUGCUAUGCUUGCCUGAGGCAAGACAUUUUUGUUUGCCUCUCUUACUAGUAUGUAUGGGUGCAGUACUUACCAGGUCGGAGGUCAUUACCAAAAAAGUCUUGCAAUCAGACACAAAUCGAAACAGUUCAGUUCUGAUUUAUCGGGUUGGAUGUGAGAGAUCAUUUUCAAUUGAAAUUUAUCAGCUAUGUAGAUAGGUCUUUUAUUUUAUAUGCAUCAAAUUUAUAGUAGCUGAGAGUUUGUGUAUACUAUCCAUAUGCGUGUAUUGGAUAAUUAAGUUUAUAUUAGGCCUAUGUAGGUAUUUGAUUAGAUAUUUUGUGUGUGUAGCCCUAUAAUAUAUGUGAAAAUAAUUAAUCAAAAUAACAUGACAUUAUAAAAGUGUUAAAACAUCACCACAUAUAUUCAUUUUUGUAAAUAAAUUGUUUUAUCGUCUAUAUGUAUCUUAAUACAGAUACGAGAUAUAUCAAAACAACAAAUGAAUGGUUUAGUUAACAGAAACCCAUUCAAAUGUAUCUGGAAUGCAAAUACGUUGUGAGUAGUUGUAUGGGGUGGUUAUACUGGUAUUGUGAUUAUGUCGUACGAGUAUACAUCUCUGUUAUUAAACCAUAAAAUAGGAAGGAAAAGUUUGUUGAUCGGGAAAAUAAUGGUUUAAAUUAAUUUAUCAUAGUAUCAUCAUACAUAACAAAGAAAAUUCAAGUAUUACUGUGUUCUGUAAAGUAAAUUACGUAAUAAAAAUUUGAAUAUGCA